AUGGGUCGAACGCUGUCUUAUCCAAAGCGUUCUUCAAAUACAGUCAAUCGAUACAAGCAUCGUGCUACCUAUGAUCUAGGUGCAAUUCACUCAAUCGUGAAUUCAUCCCAAGUCCUUCAUGUUUCCUUUAUUCCGGGGCCAGAAGAUCCAUUUCCUACUAUACUCCCCAUGAUUGGUCAGAUGGGGUCUUUCGAAUACCCAUCUGCAAGCAUCGAUGAGCCAUUGGAAUGUUAUUUGCAUGGCUACGUUAGUUCGCGGAUCAUGAACCUCGCCCGCAAUUCCGAGGGUGGUGGUCUUCCUAUCUGCAUAGCAACCAGUAAAGUGGAUGGAAUAGUCUUAUCCCUUACUCCAAACUCUCAUAGCUAUAAUUAUCGCUCGGUCGUCCUUCACGGAUACGCGAAUCUUGUUACCAAUGAAGAUGAGAAGCUAUGGGCUAUGAAACUCAUCACAAACUCGGUCUUGACUGAUCGAUGGGAUAAUUCUCGUGUACCCCCUGACUCAGCCGAGAUGUCUUCAACUGUGAUUCUAAAGGUGACCAUCGUGGACGGAAGCGGCAAGGUACGCGAUGGUAGUCCUUCGGAUGAGCGGAAAGACACAGAGAACGAGGAUGUCACUGGAAAGGUUUGGACAGGUGUCGUUCCGAUUUGGGAAGAAUUCGGCACUCCGAUCAGUAGUAGUACUAACCGGGUGACGGAGGUACCAAAUCAUAUCACCUCAUUUAUUGCAAGUCAAAACAAAGCAAAUCGUGCUUUCGCAGAGAAUGCAGCAGGGCCAAAAUUGGAGUAG